GAGGCACCCACGAGUAGUGUCACCUGUCUUCCCGUUGUGUGUAUAUGUGCGUGGCAGCGUUUGUGUUGUGCCGUGACUGUUACUCUCCCCAUUGAACAGUUCGUGGGCAUUACCAGUUAGUGUGAGUGUAAACACGUACCUUGGGGCUAAGCAUUUUAAAGCAGGCAGUAGGCGGCGGGCGCGGCUCACCAUGGCGUACUCGCGAGUGGUGGCGGCGUGCGCGGAAAGGAAGGAGUUAUGGCAGGACCCUGACUUUCCAGCCACGCAGACUUCAGUUUUCUACCACCAGACGCCGCCCUUCACGUUCUCCUGGCGCAGACCCAAGGACUUGGUGCAGAAUCCAGUGUUCAUCAGGGAAGACUCGCCUCACUUCGACAUCGUCCACGGCAAGCUGGGAGACCGAUGGUUCGGCUCGUGUCUGGGCUGCCUUCACCUCACCAAGGGACUCUUCUACCGCGUCGUGCCCGCUGAUCAGGACUUUGAUGCAGAGUCAGGCUACUGCGGGGUGUUCAGGUUCCGCGUGUGGUGGUGCGGGGAGUGGCGCGAAGUGCUGGUUGACGACCGCCUGCCCACGGUAAACGGCAAGCUGGUGUUCGUCCAUUCACAGUCCUUGUCGCAGUUCUGGCCCGCCCUGCUGGAAAAGGCCUAUGCUAAACUGCACGGUUCUUACGAAGCUCUCAAGUACGGCACCUCCCUGGACGGCCUCUCAGACUUCACAGGCGGCAUAGCGGAGUCCGUGAGUCUCCGUGCCGAUCCCACCACCUGCGGGCGUCUCUUGGCCAAGCUACUGGACCUCACCUCACUCGUCACCGCCGUGGUCACCAGCAGCCACUCCUCCAAAACGCCCUCUGAGAAACUGGCCAGCGGUAUUGUCUUCGGAAUUAACUACAGGAUAUAUUGCAUUGAGAAGGUGGAGAGCUACAGCGGGGAACAGGUGACGCUGGUGAGGAUACGCACGCCUCUGGGUACCACCGCAGAGUACCUCGGAGCAUGGGGCAGGGGGUCGCCGGAGUGGGAUACGGUGCCACCAAGGGAGAAGGAGCGACUGAACCUCAAGUAUAUGGCAGACGGAGAGUUUUGGAUGGCGUACAGUGACUUCGUGCGGACGUUCUCCCACCUGGAAGUGAUUCACCUGGAUGGCGAGACCUCCCGUGACGAACCUUCCCUCAGACACAAGACGCCGUGGAUCUCGCGCGUGUACCAGGGGGCGUGGCAGCGAGGCGUGACGGCAGGUGGAUGCAGGAAUAACCCAGACACAUUCCACAUCAACCCUCAGCUGCAUCUGAUCCUUAGUGACAUGGAAGAGGUGGUGAUCUCCCUCAACCAACACUCUGUCAUGGAGCCCAAGGUGGUGGGCUUCACAGCGUAUCCACUCUCAAAGAACGGCCUGGACUCCAUCAGUAAAGCCUUCUUCAAGAAACACAAAAGUCUUGUCAACUCACAAUACACAAACAGUCGUCAGGUGUGUGAACGAGUACAGUUGGAGCAAGGUGGCUACAUCCUGCUCCCCACUACCUUUGAGCCUGGCCAAGAGUCUGCCUUUACCCUCAGAGUGUUCUCCUCCAAACCACUCAAGCUCAAACUGGUGGAUACUCCCUCUGCCCUGGUCCAGCCAGCUGUGGUUAAGGCAAGAGACUCAGUGGAUGCCAAGAGCCUGCAGCAGUAUGAAGCUGUGUUCCUUCAGGUUGCUGAUGAACAUCGAACAGUUAAUGCCUUUGAGUUACACGAGUUGUUAGAGGCAUGUCUACCUAAUGACUACAUAAAGAGCUGUGCCAGUCUGGACAUCUGCAGACAAGUGAUCCUCGCACUAGAUAGUUCUUCCACGGGGAGACUACGUUUCUCUGAUUUCAAGGAUCUCAUGGUCAGCCUGAAGUUCUGGCAAAAUGCCUUCAAGACCCACACCAAGGAGCGAACGGGCAUCCUAAAGGCAGAGAGGCUGAGGGAUGCACUGGAGGAUGUUGGAUUCCAGUUAAGUACAGAGGUUGUCUCCACUCUAGUCCUGCGUUACAUGAGGAAGGAUGGCACCCUCAGGUUCGGGGACUAUGUGAGCGCCAUCCUCCACCUCUCUGUUGCCUUCAACAUUUUUGAAAAACGAGACCCUCUUCAGAAUGGAUCAGUGAAAUUUACACUGGGUGAGUGGUUGAAGAAUGCACUUAUGUGCUAAUGCAGACUUCACUGCAUUUCCUUCGUCUUCCCUGAUGGUGCUAGAGACAUGUGGAAGGAUCAAAGUAAUGAAUGAGCACUGAUGUCACAAGGAAUCCAAGCCUACUUUGCAAGUGAUCAGUCCUUUUACUCAAUUAAGGCUUGAAUGUAAAUUAGUUCUGCACAGUUAUUUGUAGUCUGUAAAUAGUUUUCAUAUUGAAUUUUCAUAUAUGUAUACACAUAGACUUGGUGUUUGAAUGAAUGAAGGAGCUAGCAAUAAACAGUUGCAUUAUGACUCGUGCAAUAGUCUUAUAACUGAGAAAAAAAGGAACAAUCUCAUAGAAAAUAAUUUUCAAAGUGUACAAGUAGAUAUAUUACUUUGUUUCAUUCUGAUAAGGAAAAAACCUUAAAUAUUUUAUCCAUGUAAAUGUAAAAAUUCUAUUUCAAAAGUCUUGAUUAGUGUACAUAAUGAACUUGAUUAUUUUCAUAAUGUCAAGUGGAAGUGAUUAGGUAUCUUGUAUUUUUAAGCUACAUGCACAGCAAAAUUUUUGAAAAUUUUUGUAGUACAUACAGCUAUUACAAAGCUGGCAUUAAGGUCUACCAUGUCAAUUAUUGUAGUAUUUGUCUCUUGCAUUAAGUUGAUUUGAUGAUUAUGUUUCACCUUAAAAAGAAAUUUCAGUAAAUGCACAAAGUACUAGUUUCUGCUACUGCAAGGAUAGUAUAUUUCGUACAUAUUUUUAAGAUUGAUGUACUAAGCCUUUAUCAAACACAUUUUUGUUUUUAAGUUUGAUGAACCAGAGAUAGGAAGAUCUCUCUCUCAUGAGUCAACAUAUACCUAUGAAAUGUUGUUUAACCUGUAACAUGGUGUAUAAUAUAUGAUGAAAAACAUGACAAAAGGUAGAAAAACAAGAGUAGUAAAAUCAGUGUUUUGCAUAUUUUUUUUUUAUAUAAACUGAAAAAAAAUUCUAAUAACCCAGUAUUACAUAAGUCAGUCAAAUACAACUUUUUUGUCAGCCUGUCAAAAGAAGGAUUGCAUUGAAAUUUUAUGAACAAUCGUGGCACCCUCAGCUAUAUAGUGAGGUAAGCGACACGGAUUGACAAUUGAGAAAACAGUAUGUAUUUGAAAGUCCCAUUCCUUACUCAGAAGCAUGUGCACUUACCUCACUACAGCACGGUACUAUAAUGAGAUAAGUGACCAUACUUGGGUGUUGCUUACCUCACUAUAGCAGGGGACACCACAAUUGGGUGUUGCUUACCUCACUAUAGCAGGGGACACCACAAUUAAGAAAUUCUCUCCUCCUGACAGAGUGUCAUUGCACUGUAACUGCCCAUCCAGAAUCUAUACUGUAUCACCAACCCCUGUCAAGCAGGACAGCCGAGACAAUACAAUCCCUCAUAACUUGCACACCCCCAUGCUUUCAAUCGCAUCACAUCAAUUCCCUCGCAUCUCAGCUUGUAGGCUUUCAGGGUGAAGGAAGACUGAUUGUCUUUGAUCACACCAUGUGAAGAGCAAUUGCGCAACACAGCCAGAUCUCUCUGCAUCAGGGUUGAUAUGAAAGACUUGUCUUUUCAUGUUGGAUGCAUCCGUCCCUUUACUCAUAUGAAACUUUUUUUAUAUAAUUUCUAUAAUUCCUUAAAUUUUUCAGAAUAUGUAUAAAUGAGCUUUAUAGCCUUAAGAAAGCUACAAUGUAUGUAUCAUGUAUAAAACAUUUAUUGAUAGGCUAAUUAAUAUAUAUAUAAUUGAAAUAAGAAAAUACUCGAAAAUUAUAUUUUGUAAAUACUUGUACAUAGAAUAAUGAAAUAAUGAAAGGUCCGUACAUGUUUUAUAUUGCUAAUUAUAGUAUGAUUCUCAAUAAAAAGUAAUAACAGUAA